AUGAACCACAAUUUUACAAAUGAUCCUAUUUUUCCAAAUGAUUCCCAUCAUGAUGUGUUUUCGGAGGAGGAAGCUUUGAGGGAUUGUGACUACUUUGAUGAGGUCCUCAAAUACAUAAAUCAAAUGCAAAUGGAAGAGGAUGACUUGGAGAAUAAACCUUGCAUGUUCCAAGACUACUCUGCUCUCCAUGCUACUGAGAAAUCCUUCCACGAUGUCCUUGGUCAGAAUUACCUUCUGCAGCCUCCAUUCAAACAAUACUCUUCAUUCCUUGAUCAAAAUGCUAACAACCCCAAUGGUAAUUUCACUAGGACUUUCACUAGUUGUCACUCUAGUACUAGCUUUAUUGUUGUUAGCACCUUUGUUAAGCCUAAUUGGAUUAUUGAUCAGUGCGUGGUUGAACCAGGUUUUGGACAAUCUUCUCUUCUUGACCACAACUUCCAGUCUAAUUUGCAAUCUUCUUGUUCUUCAAACAACUUCUGUGAUGUUGUUGAUGGGUAA